CCCGGGGACUGAGGCGGCGCCUUCGCCUGCCGCAGGGACGCGGGCCGCCGUGCCGUCGGCGACAUCUUGCUCGGGAGGAAAGCGCCGGGGAGACCGGGUGGCUGGGAGCUGCAGCGCGCGGCGCGCGGAGGACGGGAAGGGAGACGCAGGCCAGCCCGGCGCGGCACCCCGUAGGCGGCGGCGGCGGCGCGCACUCCAGCGGGCGGCGGGCACCAUGGCCCCGGGGAGCGGGGUGAAGAGCGAGUACAUGAAGCGCUACCGGGAGCCGCGCUGGGACGAGUACGGGCCGUGCUACCGCGAGCUGCUGCACUACCGCCUGGGCCGCCGGCUGCUGGAGCAGGCGCACGCGCCCUGGCUCUGGGACGACUGGGGCCCGGCGGGAGCCUCGGACGACUCGGCGUCGUCGGCGUCGUCGUCGGGCGCCGGGGGCCCAGCGCCCCAGGGCGCCCCCGCUUCGCCGCCCUCGGAGCCCGCGGCGCGGGAGGGGCCGGAACGGCGGGCGCGCGGGCCGGCGGAGGAGCGGGGCGCGGAGGCGGCAGAGGCCGAGGAGGCCCGGGACGCGGAGGGCGCGGACGAGGCGGCGGCGGCGGCGGCUCUGCCAGCCCCGCCCGUGAAAGAUAUCGAAGAAAAACCUGAACAAGAGAUCAGAACAAAAGAGACUGAGAAGGUACCUAACAGUACUGAACCUCGACAGCAACCAAGUGCCUUAUUUGCCAGAGGAAAUAGGAAAGCAGUCAAAAGUCCUCAAAGAUCAUCGAGUAAAAUAAAAGAGAACAAGCAUCCAUUUGCCCUUUAUGGAUGGGGGGAAAAGCAGACGGAUACAGGAAGCCAGAAAACUCACAACGUCUGUGCGUCCGCUCCGGUCCGUGAGAUUCAUGAGUCGGCAUUGCGAGCCAAGAACAGAAGACAGGUGGAAAAACGGAAACUGGUCACUCAGAGGCAGCGCGCCCACUCCGUGGAGGUGGAGAAGAACCGGAGGAUAAAGCCUCCGCCCUCGGAGAACCCGUGGGUGACGGAGUACAUGAGAUGCUACUCAGCACGGGCCUGAAGGCAGCCUCUUUGAAAAAGUAUCCGUGGAAGAAAGAAGAAGCAGAACAAAAGAAAAACCGUCAGAGGAAAACAGACACAGGUUUAAGAAACCAGCGAUGACCCGGCGUUUUCCGUAGGGAAUUGCCCAAAGACUGCUCUGUUUCGCUGGAUCCUGGUCACCUACCUCAGCAGUAGGGCGACAGUUGAAGCCAUAGACAUUUGGGUAUUUCUGAAGCUAAUUCCCUAAAUAUUUGAUAUUCUUACAAGGGUUUUGUUUUAAAGCAUCUUAAUCUUUUCAGACACCGACACCGAAUGCCUUUAAGUGGCUACAGAUGCUUCGCACUCGGUAUUUCCGCCAGCUUAGCUGGAGCCCAUUUCCUUCCUGUUCUCACCCCUUCCCAGACCCCGUAGCCAGUAAGAUCGUCCCGACUUGCAGCUUGAGACCCAUUUUCCUUAUGUGGAGUUUUCUUGUGGAAGAGCAGCUUGUCAAGUGAGUUUCAGCACUAAUACUGACUCCUUGCGCAGUGAAACCAGAACUUACUUGUGUUUUGGUUUUGGCCCCACGUCACAUAGACUGUGAUAUUUAAGAAUUCUCUGGGUUGGGUGAGGGUCCUCUUUUCUCUUUAAAUUGUCAUCAAGGCACUUAUUUCAUAGCUCAAUAGAUCGAAGGCAUUCCAAUGAAUGAAGUGCCACUGCUGUGUCUUUAGAGUAGUACCGAAGUUUCUUUGGAAACUUUUUCUAUUAUUAUUGCAACUUUUUUUUUUUUUUUUUUUUUGAGCACAUAACGGGGAAUCAGUUCCUCACUGCAUUGUGGUGUUUUGGCACAUAACUUACUGUGGACUUUUGCCUCAUCUAUAAUGGCAGUGACAUUUAGAACUUACAAUGUGAAAUUUAUGUAAUUAUGUUGAGAUUGUCCUGCUCAUUGGGGACAGGGGGCAGAUAUUAAGAUACCAAUUAGAGAUGUGGCUUACCCCUCCUUUCUGCAUUUUCUCUCUACAGACUCAUUCAUAACAAAGCUUUGACGCUGUACGUUACUCAGACUUUUGGCCCAAACGUGUUACUCCUGGAUUCCUAGCCAGUAGGCCUUACAGAGAACGUGCAGUGGGAGAAUAGUAGUGUGUGUCAAGGCACAGAUGUGAGUGUGUAAACGAGGUUCUCCUUCCCCGGUACAUUUACUCUUGGGGUAGAAGAUGGUUUUGAGAAAUGCUGGUUUCUACCCAGCAGAUACAGGAAUCUACAGGAAGGAUGAGUGCUAAAUUCUCUAUAAGAGAGAAAAAAGGCCUCUGCCUAGGCCGGGUGGGCAGCUGGAGACAGGUGAAUAAACUUUGCCAUUAGAUGUGAGGUUGAAUAUUUCCUAGAUAUUUUUACUCUGUAUCUUUGAAGUAUUAUGGUCAGUUUUUACUUUUGUUUUUAAGUAGGCUUCACACCCAGCGUGGGACUUGAACUCAUGACCCUCUGAGCAAGGGUCGCAUGCUCUGCUGAGUGAGCCAGCCAGGCACCCCUGCUGUCAAGUUUUAGAACACAAAUACGUUUUACUCCACAUAAAGUCUUCACACAGUGUCCUCUUACAACCGUAUUGAGCUUGGAGAACUCACUUAAUCAUGAGCUUUAAAAAAAAUACUUUUUAAACAUUUGCAUUGUUUUGCAGUGAAUUCUUUUACAUAGAGAGCUCUUCUAAUCAUUGAGAUGUCUAUUUAACAGGAAGUUCUGUGUGUUGGUCCAAAUGACCUUGCUAAUAAUUCUGGUGAACACUGCUGUAAUUAUAUUAAAGUCCUUAACCACUGCGAGUACCUGAAGGUGAGAUUACUGUGGCGUAGUGAUGGUGUCGCUGCCUGUAAAAACUCUUCCUUUCCGACCACUUCUUGCAUGUUUGGUUUUAGCCAUGAAGCUCAAACGUUCCUGUUGCGCCCGACAAUCUUAGGGAAGCUACCCUUGGGAGUGGCUCAGGCCCCCCACCGAUGGGCUGCCUUAGAAACCCAACUUCCUCUAGGCUUUGACCAAGCCAGACUCUCUCCAUCAGAGACCGACUCGGAUUUAAUGUGCUUACUACUGAAAACUCCAGAUAGAAAUAAAACCUAGAAGGCAAUAUUGACCAGUUGUCCCCCUUUUUAAGUAGAGGACAAAUGAACAAGCUUUUUAAAGUACUUUUAAUGUGCAUGAACAAAAAAUCAAUCUGAAUUAAUUGUGAGUGCCCUUCCCAUGCCCAAGCCAUUAGUUGGUUAAGGUGUCUUCUUUUUAGGGGUGAAAAUUACCCUUUGAGCCCAGGAUGUUUUUUUAGGUGGUAACAAUUCAAUGGUCUUACUUUUUCCUUCUCACUCUAGAAACUCAUGUAUUUGUAACCAUGUUCCUAGUUCAUGGGACACAUUGGAAGACAGGAAGAUAGUUUUUUAAAAUUACCUUUCAUGUUGAAAAGUUUAAAACUGUUGGAGAUUCCAGUGACACUUAGAAAGAUAGAAUAAAGUAACUGCUACAUAAGACGCUUUUAUAUUUUGGCUUUAAAAUUAAAACUGUUGGCCAUAAACAUGUUUGCUAUGUUACUUUUAUUAAAAACAGUAAUAGAAUCCUGAAAAACAGCUAGCAGUUCCCUGGACCAAGGUGGAUGAGAAGUAAAUAGGAAUCAGUUCUUUUUUCUUUCUCUUAAAACCUAGAAGGCUGCUCUUAUGCAGGAGUAUCAGAAGCCUGGGUACUUCUGGUUUUAUAUAUGUAUCUAUAUACAUCUGUAUAUAUAUGGACCCCUCCACUGCCAUAACAUUUCUAAGCGCACAUAUACGUUUUUUAAAGUUUACUAAACCUAUAAUAGGGUGUAGGUUGUCUUAGUUGCUCCUGAUGUAGUGGGCAUAUAUUAAUGGCACUUCAUAUAUGUAAUUGCUUUGUCAUUGUUUCAUUCAAUAAAAAUUGCUAAUAACUUGAAA